UAUCGACUAUAGAUUAUUGUUUUGAAAUUUAUUACUCGUCAUACUUCGCAGUAAUACUUCUUCCUGUACAUAUAUUUCUUUAGAGUAUUUAUACGUAUAUUUAUUUCUUUUCAAUAUUAACCAUUUGUUUUUAAUAAUAUUGUGCGGAUUAUAUAGAUUCAAAAUGUUUAUUUGAAAAGGAGGUUUAUUAAUCUCUAUGAUAAAAAUGUCAGUGUCUUGUAGAUGUUAUUCAUUUUUUAUAUACAACGUAUGAAAACAUUAUUAGUUUUUGUUUAUCAAUUUUUAUAAAUUUAUAUCGUAACAGCGUUGCGAAGUGUUCUUUUGUGUCAAACUUUAUUAUCAAGAAUAAGAAGCAACUUGAAUGCAGAACAUAACCUCAAUAUUAGUAAUUAUUUUUUAAAAUAUUACCGCGUAAUUAUCGUGAAAACUUUUGGUAUAUUAUUAUGGAUAGAAACGAAGAAGAAUGGUCUGUUGAAUGUUCGGAUGAAGAAAAGUAUGAAGUUGAUUCAAAAAGUGAAUGGACAUUAAAAUCAGAAGAUAUACUUUCUUUAAUUGACGGACUGGAAGCUAAUAAUCGUAUAUUAGAACUUGAAUGGAAAUGCCCUGGUAGAAGAGGUCCUUCUCCAAUUCCUUCUUGUAAUCGUCAGCAAGAACAUGGCUCACAAGAAUAUAAACCUGAAGAAAAGUCAGAUUUUGAUUUUAUGGAUGAAAUGUCAUCUCCCAGAUUACCAGUUCGUAGAGUAGGAGAAAGUACUCCUAAAGGUAGUGCCAAGAAAAAAACUGCCAGUUUUAAUGGUGUUUUGUCAACUAUGUUACGCCAUCGUAGAUUGGAACAACAAGAAAUUAAUUCCAGUUCAAAGAAAAGUGAACCUAAUUCACCAGGUUUAAAAACUCAACCAACUUAACAUUAUCUUUUAUAUAAAUAGAGUACUGAAAUUGAUAUAAGCACAUAUUAUAUAUCCAAGAUAUGGGACAAAUGAGAGGAAAUGUUUAUUUUUUUUUGCGUAUAAGAUCUUGAAUAGAAAGACUGUGUAUUGUAUAUGAGUACAAUAUGGACAUGAAAACUGAUCAAAAAUAGUUCUUAAAGGAAAUUUUAUAUUUGCUAACUUAAACAAAUUUUUUACCUCAUGAAAGGUACUUUUUAUUAUCCUCUGUGAGGAUAUAAUUUAAUUAUAUUUGAUAGAUCAAGAAAGAAAUAGCUAUGUGAGGAAGCCCUAAAUUUCCUACAUCCAGUUUAUUUUUUUAUUUGUUCUGAAUUAAGCAUACCAAAUUUCUAUAUUUUUUCUUUUUACUUGAAACAGAGUUAUCUAUUGAAAUAAGCAUAAUAUAUGAAUCAAUUUUAAACAAUUUAUUACAAUUUCAAAAAUUUGAAGACAUUUGAGAAAGAGAAAAGACGAAAGAGUAGUACGGGAUAAUGAUGCACAAUGCAUAAUUUUAAUCAACAAAAUUCUGGUGUUUUUUUUUUUUUAUAUCGAUCCUUUAAAUAUUAUUAAUUAUUAAAUUAACAUAUAUAUAUGCUGAUUUUUAAUAUAAUAUCUAAAUCCUUAAAACUUCUUUGUAAAUCUCUACACUUAAUUAAGAUCUUCAAUUUAAAAAUGAACAUGCAUUGUACAAAAGUACUUAGAAGAAUCAUGUAUCAUUGUAAUAUAAAUGUAAUUUUAAACAAAUUAAAAUGUUGUAUUUAUUGA